UUGCAAACCAGUAUUUCACAGCUUCAGCUCGUCACAGCUUCCUGUGUGGUGUGCAGCUCGUCAGUUUGAGCAAGAGGACUGCACACUGACAGACUCUUCUGGUUUCAAAAUAAAGAAGCAGAUCCAGUAAUCCAAAAAUGUCGAACCCAGUGGUCACCCAACCAGGUGCAGGCAGCUUUGGGACAAAUGUCCAAACAGGAGAGUGGAGCACAGGCCUGUGCUCCUGCUUCAGUGACUUGUUUGUCUGUGCUCUUGGUUGCAUCUGUCCAGUUGCACUGAGCUGCUACACAGCUAAUAAGUAUGGAGAAAACUGCUGCUUGGGUUGUGUGCCAGGAGGCACAGCAGCCUUAAGGACUCAUAUGAGACUGACCUACGGCAUUCAAGGAACAAUAACCAAUGACGCCUUGAUGACCUUUUGCUGCGGACUUUGCGAGAUCUGCAGGAUGGCGCGAGAAAUCCACAUCAGGAAUGGAGAAAUGUAAUCGCAAGAAGACAUAAAGGAUUCUGGCCCACUAUAUACAGUAUUUUCAGUUUGUUGAUUCUGUCCAGCUAUUGUGGAAAUCAUUUCUUUAUUCUUGUAGCGGGCCUAGCGUUCAUGCGCACUGCAAAUAAGGGGGGGCUAAUGAACAAUGCAUCCAUGUUUAUCAAUCGUAAUAUGUUACCUGUUGCCUUCUGUGUAUCUGUGUAACUGCCUAACAAAGUGCUAGUACUGAUCUGCAUUACUGUAAAUAAACUGCAUUCUUCAGUCACUCACAACAUGAUUAAGCAUGAUUUAAGCAUAAACCAUUUUGUUCAACAUUGUCAAUAAAAGAUAUCAACUUAUUUUGGUGAAUAUAAACUAUUUCUUAAACCAGUGCUUCCCAAAGUUUGUGGUUCGUGACCCUUCAAAUAAAGAGUGUACUUGAGA